CCUGGGCCCUCUGCGCCUGCGCGGCCCGCCUACCCUCCACAGUCAAGCCCCCACGGAACUGACAGAAACAUCCGGCGCCGGUCCUUCUUCUAUCCUCUUCCGAUGGGAAGCCACUUCCGGCAAUAUUGGCACUUGCGCAGGAGAGACUUCCGGGCCUUUUACUUCCCAUACCCAGCGUUUCUUGUCGAAGAACGGACGCCGAGCCGGAAGGCAAUGGCGGCCUCCGCUCUGAAGAGAUUUUGGUUCCGAAACCGUGAAGGAGCGGGUGACGCAGCCCCCGCGAAGGCGGGCGUGUGGGCGCGGUUGGGCUCCUGGGCCCGCGUGCUGCUCCGCGACUACGCCGAGGCCUGCGUGGACGCGGCAGCGGCGGCGAGAGCCCGGCCCGGGCGGGCGGCCGUGUACGUGGGGCUGCUGGGUGGUGCGGCGGCCUGCUGUGCGUUGGCGCCGAGCGAGGCGGCCUUCGAGGAGGCGCUGCUCGACGCGUCGGGGACCCUGCUGCUGCUGGCGCCGGCCACACGCAAGCGCGACUCCGAAGCGUUCGUGCAGCGGCUGCUCUGGCUGCGGGGUUGCGGCCGCCUGCGCCACGUCAACCUGGGCCUCUGCUCGCUCGUGUACGAGGCUCCCUACGACGCCCAAGCCAGUCUCUACCAGGCCCGCUGCCGUUACUUGCAGCCCCGCUGGACCGACUUCCCAGACCGGAUUUUGGAUGUGGGCUUCGCGGCCCGCUGGUGGGUACUGGGAGCCCGGAUGCGCGACUGCGACAUCAACGACGACGAGUUCCUCCACCUCCCGGCACAUUUGCGCGUGGUCGUGCCCCAUCAGCUGCGCUCAGAGGCCAACGAGGGACUCUUCGCCGAGAAGUACAAGCCUGUCGUGCUCACCGACGAUCAGGUGGACCAGGCGCUGUGGGAGGAGCAGGUCUCGCAGAAGGAGAAGAAGGACAAGCUCGCCCUGAGCCAGGCCACCUCGCUCGUGGAGUCGGAGGGCCUGAGAUGAAACCCAGCGAAGCCUGGGUCUGGAAGGGCCUCAGAGCCCCGGCAGACUGCCUGCGAUUGUGCAAUGGGUGUGAGUGAGCCUCCGAUGCAGAGUGAUUGAUGCAGAUUACGUGCAAAGUGUUCUCUCCCCGAGUUUCCAUGAAACUGGACGGGGAGGGGGUGUCUUUGUCCCCCUGGUUCAGCGCCUUCUUGGUCUGAGAGUUGGGGAAAACAAAGCAACAAGACCAUGGAAUGUUUAUCACCGCCAGAGUUCGUAAGGAGUCUGGCAUAAUAAGCACUUGUCACUGGCCUCACCGUCACUCUGAGGUACCCCUUUUAACAGGUGGUUCCCAAGCUCUCCUAAGACCAUUCAGAUUCACAUUUAAAAUUUUGAGCUGCAGUGUUUAUCCUCUUUAUUUUCAUGAGAACAUUUGUUUUCAUUUUUACCUUUUUAUUUUGAAAUAAUUACAGUCUCAUUGGAAACUGGAAAAAUAAGAGCAGAGACAUCCUGCAUCUCCUUCACGCAGCUUUACCCAUGUGGUAAUGCUUUGCAUAAGCCGUACCAAACCAGGAGAUUAACGUUAGCGUGACGGCACAUUUUACAUAGAAACUUUCUGCAAGAACAACUUGCUUUUACCAUGUAAGUACUGGCAGUGAUGUUAGAGUGAGUUGGAAGGAUAAGACAUUUUCUGACCAGGACCUCUCUGUGAAAUACAGAUUCUGGUUAUGUUAUACUUCAGUAACCCUGGGAACACAGAAUUCGAUGGAAAGGAAUAUGUUAGUGUUCAUAGCUGUUACCUAGGUUCUGAUAAUCAUACUUUUAAAACAAAAAUUAGAGGAUGAGACUAUUUGUCACCUAGGUGGCCUGUGGCUAGUUAAUAAAACCAGGAGAUGAUACAAC